AUGCGUAUAAUAAUAUUCUUAUCAAUAAUUUUUUGGUUGUCUAUUAUCAAUACGAAUGCUGAUGAAAUUCAUAAUAAAGAAAUUUAUUAUCCUCCAUAUUGGGAUCAAGCUCCUUCAUCAUUAAAUGAUUUUCCAUUAAUAAAUGGUUCAUCUUCUCAAUAUCGUUUAAUUAAUCCAUGGUCUUAUAUUCAUAGACUUGGUUUGUAUAAAAUUCUAAUUAAUGUAACAACACCAUAUAUGCCAUUUUGUUCAUCAUCAAAUGCAUCAAAUAUUCUUUUUGCAUUACCAUCACAAUUCGGUUGGCAAUUUAGUUCAAAUCGUUUAUUUACAUAUGAUGAAAUGAUGAUUUCAACAACUAGUUGGUGGGGUUCAGCUAAUUAUUAUUUAGCAGUAAUACCAUUUCUUGUUGCUAUGGAUGUUGGUAUUAUUAAACGAGAACCAUUUCGAAUAUUUCGAGAAGAAAAUUUUUGUACGAAUUCUUCAGAAUGUUUUGAUCAAAUUCCAGAUGCAAUGAUACAAUGGUAUCGGUUUUUCUAUCAUCUUAAGCAAUCAUCAUCAUGUAUAGGAAAUAAAAAAAUUGAUGGUCGUAUUAUGGAUAAAUGUUAUUUAACAUAUAUGUGGUUAGCAUAUACAAGUACAAUUUAUAAUGCUUUACCAUUAGUUGAAUCAAAAUUACAAUAUCUUCCAUCAAAAGUUGAAAAAACAUUUGGUCUAUCUUGGGCAAAAUUAAUUAAUUUAAUUUCUAUGACAAGAAAAAAUACAAAUUUAUAUGAAACAAUUAGAAAUCAACGAAGGUUUUCACCAUUUCGUCUAUUAAAAGACUCAGAUCGAUCAGCAACAUCAAAAGAUUUACCAGAUUCUGUUAAUAAAUCAUUAAAAAUUCUUUUUUCAUUUCGUUAUGAUUGGUUAUCAUUUAUUGAAAAUGUUUGGAGAAGAUUAACAUGUAAUUAUGAUGCAAGAGUUUAUGCUCAACAUACAUUAGAUACAAUGGGUGUAUCAAAAUUAGUUGCUUUCUAUAAUUUAAUUAGAGCAGCAAUUAAUGCAUUUUUGUACAGAUGUGAUUCUUUUUAUUAA